UUGAAAGCUGUAGGUCGCCAAUUCUUUCAAUAAACACAAGAAUCCCCCGGGGAAUUUCGUUGAAAAUGGUAAUGGAAGAUCAAGAAGAUGUCUCAGGCCUGGAGUCAGAAUCGAUUCCAGUGCCCCGAGUGCACGAUCCAGCUCCAGUGGCCCCUGGAGAGGUUCCACGAGUGGAAAAAACCCGAUCGAAACCUCGUCUCCGAAAGAAAGCCUUACACGCAAUGAUUCUCAAGCAAAUGGAGUUCUAUUUCGGGGAUGCGAACCUGAGUAAAGACAGAUUUCUGAGUAAUUUGAUUCAAACAGAUCCGUGGGUCGAUCUCAAGGUAUUCCUCCAGUUUAACAAGAUCCGGGCGCACACUCAGGACGCCACGAGGAUCUCGAAGGCCCUGAGAAGUUCCAGUAUGUUGGAACUCUCUGAGGAUGGCGAGAAGGUGCGUCGAGUGACUCCAAUUGUUCCCAGGACUGACUGCGACGCCUGUUCUGUGUAUGUUCAGGGCCUGCCCCCUGAUGCGAACCACGAUUGGCUGAUAAAUAUUUUCUCUCGAUAUGGAGCUAUAGCUUAUGUAUCUGUCCCCAAGUACAAAACCAAUAAGAAGAUCAAGGGGUUCGCCUUCGUUGAAUUUGAGGCUAUUGAGGGUGCACAGGAGUGCCUCAAGGCCUUCGAGGACAAACACUGCACUCUACCUUCUCACACGUCUCCACAAGAACUCCUGAGCAUCACAACUUUCUCAGAGGACGAUCCACCCAGUGGAAUUGACAAUGCCACCCUCGGGUCCAAGCCUAUUCCCCAGGACGUCCAGUCUUCCAAGAGGAAGGUUGAUUACCCUGAAGGCGACUCUCCUUCAAAAGCGAAACGUGUGAAGAUUGAAAAGGAGGAAAAAGAAGAGAAGGAGGAGAAGGAAAAAAAUGAAAAGAAGGCAAAGAAAGAAAAGAAAGAGAGUAAUGAAGAUGCUGAGGAGAAAAAUGGAGAGGAUGUUGAAGAGAUGGAGGAGGAAGGGGAUGACGUUGAUGAGGGGACUAAGAAGAAGAAGAGAAAAAGGAAGUAUAGGCCCAGGGUUGAGCAGCCUGAUGUGGUGGAUUUUGGAUUGAGGAUAAUGGCCAAGAAAGAUUGGAAGAAGCUGAGGAAUAAGUAUCUUGAGCUCCAAAGGGAAAAGAUGAAGCAGUUGAAGCAGCACCUCAGGAAGACCCGAUGGACCCACCCGUCGUCUUAUGAUAGAAAGGACAGGAUGGAAGUCGAAGAGAAUAAUGAUGAGAGGGAAAAACCGAAUCCUGCUCCGAGAUUCGUCUUCUCUGAGGGGCUCAUCGUCAAGAUCGAGCUCGAUGAGCCCUGCAACAACCCCAAGGGCUUCAAACAUGAAUUUAGGAAUGAACCCAGUGUCAAGUACAUUGACGUCAAGGAAAGCUCCAAUGUCGCUUAUAUCAGGUGCAAUGAUCAAGAGGGAGCUAAAAAUUUCGUCGAGAAAUACACUGAGGACAAGGCCCUGAGCAUUCUGAGUGGUGAGGAGGAGAAGAUGUAUUGGAAGAAAAUAGCGAGCGAUAGGGAAGAGAAAUUGGGAAGGAAAGAUCGUCCCAAGCAACGGGGCAGAGACAAGCUACUGAAAAAGGCGGAAAAAGAACUAGGAAAACACAUUAAAUUCGAUGAGGUUUAAAUUCACCUAAUAAUGUGCAUCUUGUUAUUUGUAAUUUUUUUCAUUUAGUUUCAAAGAGAUAAUUACACAAAAUAUAUUUUCUAGA